GCGGUGGCCGGGCCCAAGGAGGAGGGAGGGGACGGAGCGUGACAGCCCUGGGCGCCGCCCCCUCGGCGCCGCAGGUCCGCGGCGCGGCGACCCGGAGGCACUGGGGUCGGGCCGCGGGGAAGACGGCGUGCGUGCCCCUCCUUGGAGAGAGCGGAGCCACCUGGGCCGACGGCGCUUUGGGGAUCCCCUGAAAGGCAGGAAGGAGGGCGGGACGGGGACAGCGAGCCCGAGGUGGACCCGCCCGUGUCUCUCCUAGUUAGAAAUAGACCUUGGGGAAGAUGGAAGGGGAGAAGCGGCCGGCGCCUUACGAGGGCCUCUUUGCGGACGGGCACCUGGUCCUGUGGACGCUGUGCUCGGUGCUGCUGCCCGUGUUCAUCACCUUCUGGUGCAGCCUCCAGCGGUCGCGCCGGCAGCUGCACCGCAGGGACAUCUUCCGCAAGAGCAAGCAUGGGUGGCGCGACACGGACCUGUUCAGCCAUCCCACCUACUGCUGCGUGUGCGCGCAGCACAUCCUGCAGGGCGCCUUCUGCGACUGCUGCGGGCUGCGCGUGGACGAGGGCUGCCUCAAGAAGGCCGACAAGCGCUUUCACUGCAAGGAGAUCAUGCUCAAGAAUGACAGCAAGGCCCUGGACGCCAUGCACCACCACUGGAUCCGGGGCAACGUGCCCCUGUGCAGUUACUGUGUGGUUUGCAAGCAGCAAUGCGGCAGUCAACCCAAGCUCUGCGAUUACAGGUGCAUUUGGUGUCAGAAAACAGUACAUGAUGAGUGUAUGAAAAAUAGCUUAAAGAAUGAACAGUGUGAUUUUGGAGAAUUCAAAAACCUCAUCAUUCCACCAAGUUAUUUAACCUCCAUUAAUCAGAUGCGUAAAGACAAAAAAACAGAUAAUGCAAUGCUAGCAUCUAAGCUUGGAAAGCAGUGGACUCCAUUAAUAAUCCUGGCCAACUCUCGUAGUGGAACUAAUAUGGGAGAAGGACUGCUGGGAGAAUUCAGGAUCCUCCUCAAUCCCGUACAGGUUUUUGAUGUUACUAAAACUCCCCCUGUCAAAGCCCUGCAACUUUGUACCCUUCUUCCCUAUUACUCAGCUCGAGUCCUUGUUUGUGGAGGGGAUGGGACUGUGGGCUGGGUCCUGGAUGCAGUUGAUGAAAUGAAGAUUAAGGGACAAGAGAAAUACAUUCCACAAGUUGCAGUCUUGCCUCUGGGAACAGGCAACGAUCUGUCUAAUACCUUGGGUUGGGGUACAGGCUAUGCGGGAGAAAUCCCAGUUGCACAAGUCUUAAGAAACGUGAUGGAAGCAGAUGGAGUUAAACUAGAUAGAUGGAAAGUUCAAGUAACAAAUAAAGGAUACUACAACUUAAGAAAACUCAAGGAAUUCACAAUGAACAACUAUUUUUCUGUUGGACCUGAUGCUCUUAUGGCCCUCAAUUUUCACGCUCAUCGUGAGAAGGCACCAUCUCUGUUUUCUAGCAGAAUUCUUAAUAAGGCUGUUUACUUAUUUUAUGGAACCAAAGAUUGUUUAGUGCAAGAAUGUAAAGAUUUGAAUAAAAAAGUUGAGGUAAGUCCUGCCGUGGGGCCGCCCCACGGGGCCUCCAGCCUGGUGUUUUAG